AUGGUCGUCUAUAAUUAUAUAAGUACAGAGCCCCCCGUCUCCUGGCUCUCCACCAACCUAACUAUCCAACUGUUACUUGUUGUUGUCGCCAUCAUGAAGGCCGCUGUUGUUGCCAUCAUGAAGUCCGUUGCCGUGUUGUUCCUCGCCGUCGCCGCCUCCGGCUGGCCCGUCGAGCGCCAUCAGCCAACUCUCGACGUCAGCCUGCCCGUAAGCGAGCACCGCGCACUAUCCAUCUUUGAAGAAAGUCCCAAGAUCUCGGCCCGGAGACAGAAGGUGGAACAUGUCUCCAACGACUUUCUCGAACGAGGCUGCGCCGACGUCAUUGUCUUUUUCGCCCGUGGCACUUGGCAGAAAGGCAACAUUGGACACCGUCCUGGCCCCGGAUUCUCCACGCGUAUCAAGGAUCGCUACGGUUGGGAAAACGUCCACGUGCAGGGCGUCAAGUAUGCCGCCGAUCUGCUCGCCAACCUCAAGGGCCUCCGCACCGACAACAAAGCCAUCAAGACGCUGCAGAAUCUCGUCACCGACGCCGUUCUGCAGUGUGACAACUCCCAUAUUGUCGUGGCCGGCUAUAGCCAGGGCAGCGCCGUCGUCCACGCCGCGUUGUCCCGGCUCGGCGAGGACAUCCAUGCCAAGAUCGCUGCCGCCGUGACGUUUGGCGACACCAUGAUCAAGAAGAACAAAGGCAGGAUUCCAAACUUUCCCCUGGACAAGAUGCUCAGUGUCUGCAACGAAGGCGAUAUACCCUGCGGGAACGGCCGCAUGAUCACCCUCAACAAGGCACACACCGACUACAACAGACGCUCGACCGAGGGUGCCCAGUUCAUCUUCGAUAUGCUGGACAAAGCUGGAUACACUGGAGUCAAGAAGCGACCUGAGCCCCUCCCCUCUCGAGAAAUCCCGCCCACCGACGCUGAAGUGGCCGUGACCCUUACGGCCAGAGUUAGGUUGUAA